UUCAGCUGUCAAUAAGGUGAAAAUAAAAAACCAAAACAACACCCAGCCCAAGCGGAGACGGUCCGAGUGCGUUUUUCAGCUUUUAUGCAGUGAAAUAGUGCUGCUCUCAACUUAAUUCCGCCGUCAAAUCGUUCUUCACAACUGCCACAAGAUGCUGUAUCUGGAGGAUUACCUUGAAAUGAUUGAACAUUUGCCCCAGGAACUUCGAGAUCGAUUUACGGAAAUGCGCGAAAUGGAUCUCUCAGUGCAGAACAACAUGGACUCGCUGGACAAACGGGUCCGCACGUUGUUUCAGCAGUGCCGUCGGGGUGAACUGGCUGGCGUCCAGGCCGACUCGGAAUUCCACUCGAUCCGUAAGGACUACUAUCGGGUGCUGGAGGAUUCGGAUGAGAAGGUACAGCUCGCGGGGCAGAUGUACGAUCUGGUGGAUCGGUAUCUGCGUCGGUUGGACAGCGAACUGUACAAGUUCAAGUGCGAACUGGAGGCUGAUCAUAACGGAAUUACGGAGAUCUUGGAGAAACGUUCACUAGAGCUGGACACAUCGACUAGCAACGGUGGAUUGAAUCAGAAGGAAAAUCGUUAUUUUGAUACGCUGCCUGGUUUAUCCGGUGGAAGCGUGGGAGGAGUAGCUGGUAUCGCUGGUUCGAGUGCUGCUCGAGUCGAUCGCUACAAGGUUAAACCAGAGAAAAGGCGAGACAGUGUUGGAAUGUCGGUUCUGGGUGGACCUCCACCAGAGAAAAGACCUACACUACCAGCUAGCAGCAGUACGGUUAACAGCAGUUCUCCAGUUGUACGGCCAACGACUCCAAGCUUGGGCACAACCUCCAGUGGACCGUACCACAUGUUGUCUUCUUCGGGCUCGAGCACCCCAAAUGCAACUGCUUCGGUGGCCUAUAAUUUACAGCAAUUCGGCGCUGGUAAUGCAAUAGCCGCCGCCGCUAGUCAGGCCAUAGCUCAAACUCAACAAAUGCAACAGGGUCGACGAACCGCCAGUCUGAAGGCUUCAUAUGAAGCUAUUCAUGGCGCGGGAGCUACCGGAGCAGGCCCUCAUGAUUUGCUCAUCAACCGAGAACUGGCCGGAGCCACACAUAAUGCGCUACAAGCUGUUGAGCGCGAAACAAGCAAUGCAUUCUCCAAUCACCAACGGCGUCAGCACAAGAAAAAACUAACGGCUAAUACUUCUGCAGCAGCCACACUGUUACAAGCACAUCAAAAGCAGCAGCACUCUGUCACCCUUAAUCCUAACUUGUCCUCCUCGUCUCUAGAUCUGUUGGAAUCGGCCGGCAGCGGUAGCACCGGUAGCAGUGUUGUUUCCAGCCUCCUGUCUGGAGUUCCGGGUGGACCGUCGGUUGCUUCCACGAGUGUGGGAACAUCCAGACCGCCCAGUUCCAGUUCUAGUAGCGGUCCUCCUCCGAUGAGUGCUGCUGGGUUGGGGCUGUCGCUUUCACUGGGUACCGGAGCAGUUCUUAACGAGAACGGUAUGGUCGUAGAGCAAACGCCCGAAGGCGAAUGGACAUACGAUCCGAAUGAGCCGCGUUAUUGCAUCUGUAAUCAGGUGUCGUAUGGCGAUAUGGUGGCAUGUGACAAUGAAGAUUGUCCAUUCGAAUGGUUCCACUAUCCGUGUGUGAAUAUUACAUCCUCACCGAAGGGCAAGUGGUAUUGCCCUCAAUGUAGCAGCUCGAUGAAACGGCGCGCCUCGCGGAAGAACUAAGGUGUUGUUUUCAAAUUUCCGGCAUGAUACGCUAAUUACGAGCUAAGCUUUCAUACUCUACGCUGGUACGGAACACAAAGGCAUGUGUGUAUGCAUCCAACACGACGUAUUUAUAUAUUUGGUCGGCUCGAAGCAAGAUCUGUUUGCUUCUAGCCAGCAAAAUUCUUUAUAGCGGAAUUAUAAACCUAAUUAUUAAUGGUGCA